AUGAUCUCCAAAAUAGUGUACAAACUCCGCAUAGACGGUUCCGCCAAGCAGCCCAAGCGCUCUGCGGGGCCGAACGUUGAUCUGCUUCUGAAAGCCAAUGCGGAUCUCGCGACCCAGCUCGGUCAAGCAAAUCAAGAAAUCCAGACUCUUCACGCAAAACUGGCAGAGCUGGACUGUCUACUUGCCCAUACGCAGGCGCGAAGAAUUUACGUGAGUGAACCGUCUCUCCCACCACCAACAACUGCCGUCAGGAUCCCGUGUAGUUCCGGCUCGAGUGUGGCUUUGAUGAAAUCGAGGGAAGGUGGGGAUUUUGAAUGGAUCGACAACGUCUGGAUUUGUACACACUUGCCUUACCUGCACCAGGCGGAGCAGUCCUGGAGAGACGGCGAUGUGGUCUCAGCCCUUGAUCAGCUGCAAGACUCCCUCUGGAAUAACGCGUUUCUCUCGGUCGCAGAAUCCGUGCACGCUCGGGUGAUGCUUGCCGCAAUUCUCUACGCACAAGGUGAGUAUCAGAAGUCUCUGGGUCAAGUGAAUUAUGUUGUGGAACUCGCGCUCUCCUGCGAAAAGGUGCAGGGCAUUAACUUGACUGACCUCGUGGAUCUCGCUCACUUCAUCGAGGGGAUGAAUCUGAUGGAGCUCGGGUGUUUUGAAAGAGCCUACUGGUCCUAUUUGCGCUCGUUGCAACUGCCCGGAUAUUCAUCUCGAAAACACCAAAUCCGUGCCAUCGAAGAGUUCACUCAUCAGCAGGCUACCGAUGACAAUGUCUGGGACAAUAGGUCCUUGCGUCCUGUUAUUAGCUCAGAUCAAUUACGGCCUAUGGCGGUAAUUGGUGGUCAACCAUACGACACAAUGAAGCGACCUGAGAUCGGGGUGAUGGGUCAAGUAGUGAAGGGGAUGAAGGUGGGCAAAGUUUCUAUAGUUCUAUAG